AUGGCUAAUCAAGUUAUUGUCGGAGCACUCUUCCAAGAAGGAACAUCGCAAGUAAAGCCACCAUAUUUCAAUGGACAAUAUUUCUCUCAGUGGAAACGAGUUAUCAAAAAAUGGAACUAUCCUCUACCGGAUGCUGCUCAACCACCUGCUGAUCCUGAAGAUAUAGAUGAAUUUACUGAUGAACAAAUGGCAAUUGUGCAAGUUAAUGCUAAAUCAAGGAAUCUUCUUUAUAAUACUAUAAGUGGUGAGGAAUAUGAGAAAAUCUCCAGUUGCGAUACAGCCAAAGAGAUGUGGGAUAAACUUGAAGUUACUUAUGAAGGAGCCAGUAAAGUGAAAGAAACCCAUAUCAACAUGUUGAUUCAUGACUACGAAAUCUUCCAGAUGAAAGAAGGAGAAUCCAUUGAAGAGAUGUUUGCCAGAUUUAGCAAAAUCAUUAGCGAUCUAAAAGCUUUUGGCAAACCAUACUCAAGUGGUGAUCAAGAUUUGAACAAAUUAUCAUACGAUGAACUUCGAGGAGAACUUAUAGCCUUCGAGAAAACUCAUCUCAAGAAAACAAACCAAGAAGAAAAGAAGAAAACAAUUGCUUUCAAGGCGACAACUGAAAGAGCAGACAAUGAUAUUGAUGACGACCCUGAAGCUCUUCAAGAAGAAAUUGUCAUGGUAUCAAGGAACAUGGAUGGUUUAAUGAGGAGAUACAGGAAUACAAGAAGAGGCAGGAUACCACCCAGGAGAACUAGGCAAUAUAACAAACAAGACAAAAAUGAUGGGAAAUGCUCUGAGUGUGGAAGAUUUGGGCAUGUUCAAGCUGAGUGUCCUAAUCUUAAAAGAAAGGUUUCCAGAGGAUUUAACAAGAACAAAUCAUUUGGAAGCUGGAGUGAUGAAGACAGUUCAGAACACAAAGAGAUAGCAAAUCUAUGUUUCAUGACUUAUCUGGAAAACGACAUGAACAAACUCUCAAGGUACUGGAUAGAUGAGGAAACUUCAGAUCACGAAUACAAAGAUGACAAUGAGAACUGUUUCAUGGCGUGA